ACCAUUUUGAUCAAAGAAACCUAUCUAAGUAGCCUCAACUCUUCAUCCAUUUUCAAACCACAAAUCGAGCCGAGACGACGUGCAGUCUAUAAUACGAGCAACGGUGUUGGAGUUUGAGUCUCUCUGGCCUACAAUCGGACUAUUACAAAGAGACAUCAAACUGAACUGAACCGAACCGAAUCUCUAAUGGCGAAUACAACUUCAAAACCCGAGAAUUUGGAGCCGACCCUCUUGAAAAUUGGCAUUCCUCUAGCUCUAUCAGCAGCUGGUGGAGUAUGUUGUGGCAUAAUGAUGGCAAGAAGUUCAUUUCCCUCCUUAAAUCCACUCAAACGCAUAUCAAAACUCAUUAAGAAUGAGAACUUUGACAGCCAAAAUCAUUCAGCUCCACUUCCUUUGAAGCAAAAAGAAACUUCACCCAAGAUUGAGGAAGUUCUUUUAGGCUUAAAAAACAGAGUUGAAGAUCUUGAAAGAAAGGAAUUGGGCAUAGAGAAGCAGUUCAUUUGGUACCAAAAUUUGAAAGAGAAGGAAGCUUUGCUGAUGGAGUUGAAGAACACAUUGGUUUUGGACAUGGCUCAUAUCAGGUUCUUGGAGAAGGAGAUUUUGCUAAUGGAAGAAGAAAACAAAAGGUUUGAGAGUUUGGUGACUGAAUAUUUGGGAGUUUCAGAGAAGUUUGAAGGCCAAAAACCAGAGAACAGGUUACUUGAGAGAGAAGUAAAGAAAGUGAAGAAGAGAUUGAAGGAACAAUCAAAGAUGAUAAGAGAGAAGAAUUUGAAGAUUGAAGAGAGUAGAACAGAGUUUUGGAGAAACAAUGAAGAAAUGGAAAGGAAGAAGAGGAUGAUUGAGAAAUUGAGGAAUGAACUAAGAGACCUCAAAAUGCAAAUGGAGAACAAUGCUUCACCUUCAUCAUCAUAUAAGAUUGAAGAAGAAAAAGAAGUGACAAUGAAGGAUGUUAGCAAGCUUUCAAUUAACCAUGAACAAGAACAACAAGAAUAUAAAGAAAACCAUAAGGAUUUGGAUCAAAAGGAAUCGUCUCCUAAUAAAACUACAAGACCAAAGCUCACGGAUGUCAACAAGCUUUCGAUUGGAAACCAUGAACAAGAACAACAAGAACAACAAGAACAAGAACAACAAGAACAGAAAGAAAAUCAUAAGGAUUUGGCUCAAAAGGAAUCCUCUUCUGAUAAAAUUAAAUGUACAAGGCCAAGGCUUCUUCGAAGGAUAAGCGAUUCUGGGAGUAGUGAAAUGAAUCCAAAGAUGAUGAAAAAAAUUAGACACAAUAAGAACCUCUAAAUUAGCUCUUGUUCAUAUGAUUUGUAAUUUUGUGUGGAGUACUCUCU